GCAAAUCAAUCCCAAACAUAGAGAGGCUGGAUUUGGCUAUUUGUUCUGUUCAGAAUGAGAUGGUUUGGGAGGAGUCACUGCUGCUUUCGGGUUUACUUACAGAGGACGAAACUCAGAUCGGUCAUGGCUCAUUGUGCAACGGAACAUCUCGGAAAAUUUUCCGGAAACACUGACCACGGAUUCUGCUCGGUACACCUCGCGUGCUGUUAGUAGGAAACGGCGUUAAUCGCGCUAUAAUUUAACCAAAUUAACUAGCAUACAAUGCGAUAGUGCUGCCUGGAGACACGGAUAGAGAUCCAGACAGAUAACCUGCUGGAAAAGUGAGCCAACAACAGAGCAACAAAUCCACACGAAGUUUUGAUCGAUUCGAAUCGAACGAAAAAAAAAUGUCCAAACCUAAUUAUACUGGCAUUUACAACAUGAUUUCCCAGAGUAAUUUUGAAGAAUAUCUGGCUGCUUUGGAUGUUAAUUAUGCAUUAAGAAAAGUUGUCUGCAUUCUGAAACCAAGCAAACAUAUUGAACAUGAUGUAAACACUGGCACAAUGAAGAUAAAGACAGUCACCACCUUUAAGAACUUUGACAUGGACUUCACUUUGGGACAAGAGUUCACUGAGGACCUGGGACCAGUCGAUGGGAGAAAGUGCCAGACCACAGUGGACUGGGACGGUGAUAAAUUGGUCUGUGUGCAGAGAGGAGAGAAAGAGGGCAGAGGCUGGACACACUGGUUAGAAGGAAACCUCCUUCAUUUGGAGAUGAGGGUUCAGGGUAUCACUGCCAAGCAAGUCUUUAAGAAGGCUGAGUGAGCAUGGAAAGUGAGAGAGAGAGAGAGAGAGAGAAAUAAAGGGGCCAUUUGGGGGGUUUAAGCUCAGAUUGUUCUUAGAGCCGAGGGCUCAGAAAGAGGCAGUAUUGCCACAGCGAUUUGUUCCUGAUCCACAACAAACAGUUUAAAUGAAAACUAAAAACAAAGAAAUUGGUCCCCUCUCUAUGAAUUGUUUCUGUUUUUAAAGCAGUUUUUUUUCCCUCACAGUAGCAAUCAAACUAAAAUGUGAAGAUCAAAUGAGAUCCUUUAAAUUUUGAUUAAUUGCAGUAGUCAAACAUUGUCUAAAAGUGCUGAAGUAUGUAUGGUCUGAAAUGUUAGGUCAUGUUAUUGUAUUUGUCCACUCUAGAAUACAACCAUUUACAUUACUACAAUAAUUCUGUUUGUAUGAAUAUAUUUCUUUUCAGAGCAUUACUAAUAGCAACCCACACAACAGCAUACUUGUGUAACUUCUUUGCUGUAAUUAUUUUUAGUUACUAGUUAUUUUGUAAUGGGGUUGGUCAAAAUAGUCUCAUAUUCAAUAAUUGUGUGCAAGUUUGGCUGUACUUGUGAUGGCCAAUACAUUGAAAUGUCAUGACAA